AUGCGAUACACCGUUGGCCUAGUUGCGUGUAUUGCGCAACUGGUCGCGGCAAAUGCCAUCUUCUCACUUGAUCGCCGAGCAGACUGCGCCAAGGGGCUCUACAUCUUAUAUGCCCGUGGCACAGGUGAGCCACAGGACACUGGACCGACGCACAACAUCUCCGUGGACAUCGCGAAGCGCAUUCCCGGCUCGAAAGUGGUACCUGUCGUCUACCCUGCCACCUUUACCGCUCCUCCGUACCAGGACUCUGUCGGAGAAGGUGUGAAGAAGAUGCAAGAGGGCAUCCUCCAAUACGCCAAAGACUGUCCAGAUGGCAAGAUGGCGUUUUUGGGUUACUCGCAGGGGGCCCAUAUCACUAUGGACUCCAUCUGCGGCGGCAGUGGCGGCGUCUUCAACAAGGCGACUCCGAUUCCAGAGGAAAUUGUCACGAAAUCUAGUGUGUACCUCAUCACUCCGGAUUGCUCAGCGUACAUGGCCGCUAACUGA